CUUGACUAUAUCUUUGUGUCGGCUGCAGUUUAGCGAGCAGCCAGUCCCUCCCCUGACCUGCUUUCCUCUUCCGCGAUCCACUUGAAUAAGAAUAAUCCACGUCGCGGAAGCAAAUUCACGGCGCUGUAGAGCAUCGCGGGAUAAGACCCUUUCCCCCUAAUAAAUGGAGCGCGAUGAUCAUCAACCAUGCAACGAGAACGCGUGUGUCAUUCCAAGGGGUCCAAACGUGCAGAUAGUCUUCAUCGGCCCGACACCUGGAAUCGAAAUUGAGGACGUCGUCAACGGACUUCUAAGGCCACUCAGACAAGGCGAAUGGCGCUUCGUCUUCAUACCUAACAAUAUGCUUGUCGAUGUCGUAAGGGAACUUCGAACCUUCCUGGCACUUGAGUCGCUGCGAGACAGCAUUGUCCGCCUAGCUUUCGAUGAUUGAAACAUUCUGGUUUUUGUUCCUCCAAUAUAUGUUGCUCACUCCAUCUUUGUCUGUAAUUUUCACGGACUACGUAUUCUUGUUACUUUGCUAAUUUUCU